GACAGGCGAGGGAGGCGGGGAGGAUCGGCGGCGGCGGAGGCUGCGUCGUCGGGCAGCUUCGGCCCAUGCGCAGUGACGGGCGCCUGCCCUUCCCUUCCCCGCCGGGCCCCAUUUAAGGCGCGCGAGCGCAGCGGCCAGAGGGAGAGAAGCGCGAAGGAGCGGCGAGACGAGGAUCGGAGUCCCUGCGCAGCGCCCAGCCACCGCCACAAGACCAUGAGGGAGAUCGUGCACCUGCAGGCCGGCCAGUGCGGCAACCAGAUCGGGGCCAAGGUUAGGGCACGGGGCAGGGGCACGGGGACCCGGGGGUGGGGGAACUAGGGCCAGGUUCCGAUUGCCGCCCCCCCCGGCCAUGGGGCCUCCUGGCUCUCGGGGCGGGCGGACGGACCCCCCGAAAAGGGCGCUCGGACCCUUCGCCCCCUUCCCAGCUGGGCGGAGGCGCAUCGGCUGGUCUCCUCUUCCACGAUCUCGGCGCCUUUUUCCUGGGCGGCCUGGCGCGCGCCAUGCGGGGGGGUGGGGGUAAAGAAAACUUAAAUCUGGUGGGGGGUCCUCCAGUUUUCCCUGCCCCCUACCCCGACCCCCGUGGGGAAUUGUAGCUUGGCGGCUUCCCGGUGGCGGCUCCUUGCCGGAUCGUGCCUGGAGCGCAGGGUGGGAACCCGGGAACGAUGACGAAGCGCUUGGCUCCGUGCGCCACGGAGAGAGCGGCUGCCUCGGUUGCGCCCAACCGAUCCCCGAUUCGCGCGUCUGGCGCUGCCUUUGCGCGCCUUGUUUUCCCGCGCGCGCGCGCGUGUGUGUGUGGCGGGGCUGCGGAUCUCUGCAUUGCGGCCGCCAACAUGGCUUCCGCCCUUAGCCGCUUACGAAGGCAUCUGGAGGGGGGCGAUCUCCUCCGGGAUCUUCGCCCCCUUCCUCUCCUGCGCCGCAGACGGAUUCCCAGGCGGGGCUCUCCGUCGCUGGUGGAAGGCUAGACACCCUCUUCCCUCCUCCGUGAGAUUUUGGCGCAGUCUGGUUAGGUCUGGAGGGAGGGCGAGGCUUGGCCGAGCUUCCCUGCUGCCACCCAGCCGUUGAAGAGAGGUGUCUUUUUUAUUUGAUCGCUUCAUCGAUCUCCCUCCUUUCCUCCAAAUGAUGAUCAAGGCGACUUUUUGGCUUCGUCCAGUUUAGUGGAACAGCACUGGGAAGCCUGGAGACGUUUCCCAAAGGAACGCGUGGCGCAAGAUUCUCCCUCCCUAACAUGGAUGCAGACGGAACCCGAACAUGCUGUAUAAUGCUGCGUGAGAAUGCAGCAGGAUCAACAUGUGCCAAGCACACUGCGGUGCGGACGCUGUGCAGCAACAGGGGAAUGAGAACUGUGUCAGGACUCUGCCUGGUGCAAAGCAGAAUCAAACAGAAGGCAUUCUGUCCUCCCCCAACAGGGGGAGGGAUGUCCAGGGAUGGGGAAACUUAGGGCCCCCCGGACUCUUCACCUCCAUCAGUCACGGCCAGCCGGGCCAGUGGUCAGAGGCGAUGGUGGUUGUAGUCAAACAACAUCUGGAUAGCACCAGGUUUCCAUGCAGUGUAGGAUGGGCACCCUUUGGGUAUGCUUAUUGGGCUAAAUUAGCACACCUAAAAUUGCCUGUUCUGUUUGGUUGUUUACUUAGGUCAGUUCCCAUGGUGCUUGAAGGGAGAUGUUUGUUGAUCUGUGUCAUGACAACCUCCAUUAUGGCCAGAAGUAUAUUGGAAUUUAUUUAUUUUUAAUUAUUAUUUUGGGAUUUUUACAUACAUUAUAUUAUCUCCUUCCAAUUUUUAAAUUUCCCGUACAAUUUUUCCUUCCCCUCCCUUCCCACCCCCCAUAUCCAUUGGAAGGGUUCAACCAAUUAUCCUCAGCCACGGGCAUAGCCUCUUUAGUUUCCACCGAAUGUCUUUUGUUCCAGUAGUUUCUAUCCAUUGGAGUUCCAUCUGUUCCUUAGCAUGGUGGACUUGACCUUCCACGUUGUUUCCUGUGACGUUACUGCGACAAUGUCUGACUGAAUUAGUUCAAACAAAUAACUAUUCCAUGCCUCUACUGUCCAUUUCUCUCUAUCUUUCCAACCUAAAACUAUCGUUGCCUUUCCAGCUAAUAGCAUAGCUUUGAAAGUAAACUGGUCCCCUUUCUCUAUAGCCGUUUCCCCAAGUAUACCCAUUGUCAUGAAAUUAAAGUCUAUUGAAAGCUUCACUUUAAACAGUUCAUUAAUAACCUUUAGGAUUUUAUUCCAGAAGAAGUAUAUUGGAAUUAACCAUCCCUCGUGUCUUGGUCUGAACUUGGUUGAAAGGAACGCAGUGGGCCCAACUAGUCCCAUCAUUUAGCAUUGGAAGAUCUCUGUCACAACUGCAAAUUGCCUUCAACCCCUCUGAAUUGAUACUGUUAACCUGCAGCCACAAACUGCAGGCUUACCAAACCCUCAGAAAGGGAUUCCUCCCCACCUUUCUCAGAUGGAGAGAGGAAGUAGGUUAGAAAUGAAACACACCUUUCCACCCUGACCCUCAGAAGGGCUCCACCCUUGUUAGUGGUAACACAAAGGUUGCCAUCAAAAGCAAGAGUUACUUAUUUGUGGAGAGGUGGGUGAGCCUUCAGGUUCUCACAUGGGAGAGCUGCUGAUAGUUCCCUUUCUACAAAGCUUUUAUUUACUUUAUGAGGAAAAUGCAUAGGAGGGAGAGUCCUUGCUGCUAAACCAGCUUUCCUUGUAGACUUAAUUAAGAUACGCUGAGGUCUAACUAAAGCACACACGCACAUACCCCACUCACACACCAAAACAAAUCUCACUACAGCCAACCAAAGACAACCAACUACACCCUAGGUCACCCCCAGCCUCUCUCACUGCUGAAGAAAUGCCACAAGCGAAUAGUAAGAGAACCCACACAGGUGACGCUGACACAAAACCCCACACAUAACACUAAGUAGAAUAAUUACCCCUCCCCCUCUUUCCCCCUUUUCUUCCUAACCUAACACUGUAUGCAACAGUGUCUCACAACAAAUGAAGCUGAUCUGUAGAAAACGCAACUUGAAAAAAGAGACAAUGCACGUAUUUUUGUAAAUUAAGAAAUAUUUAAUAAAAAAGAUUUUUUUUAAGAAAACAGGUGGAUGGCAGGCAGAAGCUUAAAUAACUGAAAGCUUCUUCAUGCAAAGUAGUUCUCCACACAGCAAGCUAAAAAAUGGGGAGAAGGGCUCUGGCCUUGUCUUCUACAAGGAGAAGCUUUCCAUCAGGCACACCCCCACCUGCAAUCAGAAAUGGUAUGGCCCAGACACCAGUUUAUAACUUAAAUGAGAGUCAGACCUGAGUCACCAUUGCAAAGCUCACUUUUCUUCCAUUUGAGAGAUUGGCAAGGGAGGGAUCAAUCUUUGACUCAUCCAGAGUUUCUUCACUUGUUAGCCCUCCAGGGGAAGAUUGUGCCAGGGCAAUUGCUUCUCAGGCCAUGUGCCCAGGCCUCUCAUCAAGAUGGCUAUCCCAAGUCCUGGUGACUUUCCUCACUAAGAAUGGCUGCAGAACUAGGCUGGCAGCUGUUUUACUGCAAUGCCCUUUGAAGAUUAUGCUGUAGCUCUUCUGACACACACACACAAAAAUCAGCUUCUCUCCCUCCCUGCCUUAAACAUCUGUCUGGUUUUCAUGGCUGAACCUGGUGAGGAUCUGAAAGCAUUAAUAACCAGAGCUCAAAGACUUAUCUGCUCAGCAUGCUGGGAUGAACGCAAACAUGUGCCCAUGUAGAAUUGAUGCAUUCUUGGGACAGCAGAUUCAUCUUGACCUCUAGGCUCAAUGCAGCUGUAGCAGCAGUUGCAUUGAUGUGUCUCCCUACCCCUCUACACACACACACACACACACACACUCUGUGCUCAUAGGGCAUUCAGGAGCGAUUCUGCACAGAGCCAAGCUGGCUUAAAUAGUAGCCUCACCCUUUAUGGUAAUGAGAUCUGGCUUGCUCUCUCCUCACAUAACGUACCUCCUGCAGAACAAAGGCAGCAGCUGUGCUCCCAGGCUGGUUUUCAAUGUGCAGGGGCUUGCUGCUCCAGCAGAAGGCUCCUGGGGAGAAGUCUUGCGUGCUCACCUCUUCCCAUUGGGUGGUAACUUUUUUUAAAACAAGAAUGGGCUUGGCCUGAAGCACGCAAGAUGGGAGGUGGCUGCCUGCUCGAGAUGGAAGGCCCCUCUUCAUUCUAAGGCACGGCCACAUGGAGAAGAAGCUGCCAGCUAGAACUGGCUGUUUGUUUGGGGGAGCAAGUGCAGAAUGGAAAGCCAGGCGUUCCAGCGCUAAUCUGGGAAAGGCAUGGCCCUCGUUUAUGGCAGCAAAGUUUCAAAGGGCCGUUGCGAGUGCAGGCAGGGUGCUGGAGAAUGGGUGUGUUCUCUUUGAACACGUCACUGGAGCCUGUGAAGUUCCAGCCUUUUCCUGCAGCCUGUCGAAGCCUGUCAGCCAUCUUUGCUGUCAGCACACCAGCCUCUUGGGCUAGAAGCCCCCUCGCUCUCCUUGCUGGAUUUAUGACUGCAGCGCUUGCCUCUCCCUGCUGGUCCGGCUGCUUUCUUGGUUGUGUGUAUGUGUGUUUGCACAGAGAGAGGUGGUGUUAAAGCGUGCACCAAUGUCUGUGUCCACCCUUGUGGACUCUCCUUCAAGCUCUCCUCCACCCUCGGGCUUUUACAGGCAUUGGGUAUAAAUAGAAUCUGCCACUCACAGGGCUGCGGUUCCUGCAGCAGUGUGAGGAAAGCAGACUGACAGAGCGACUCCAUUUUAGAGCUGUGCACAGUGCUCUGUCUGCAAGGGGGAGGAGGGAGGGGGUAUGAUAUGAUUUCAGGCAGUGGGCUCCCUAUUUGUAGGCUGCUCUGCCGGGGAGAUCUACUCUUUUAAGCCUCUCAGACUUAAGUCAUGACAGCUUAUUCCCAGCACAGGUUUUGCUGCCUAAGGGAAGGGCAAACAUGCAGUGGGAGAAAUUUUGGGGAGCAAGUGUGAGCCCAGGGGGUUCUGUCCCAAGCUCUUGAGAAGGGAAGAGGUAGUCUUCAUAAUAUUAAUACAGUAUAUCAGGGUGUAAAAAGCACAUUCGUUGUAAUUGUUGUUGCAGCAACUGUGUAUGGUAGGUCUGCAGAGCUUUCGGUAUCUGAAGAAGUGUGCCAAAAUUUAGGUAUCUGAAGAAGUGUGCCAAAAUUGGUAUCUGAAGAAGUGUGCAUGCACACGAAAGCUCAUACCAAUAACUAACUUAGUUGGUCUGUAAGGUGUUACUGGAAUGAAUUUUUUUAUUUUGUUUGGUGCACAGAUUGAGUGUAGACUUGUUUAAGCCACUUAGUGAAGUCAUGGCAAAGAGAUUUCCUAGUAGUUCACAGUUCAGUCUUAUACCACUGCAAUGCUCCCUAGGUUGGGUGGGAGUCACCUGGUCUCUGCAGCUACCAUAUAUCUAAACACCUGUUGUGAACCUGGUGCCAGCACAAUUUUGAGACUUCCCUUUACAGUCUGCUUGUCCCUUAAGUCAGGAUGGGGGGGGAACAUGUGGCCCUCCAGAUAUUGCUGGCCUCCCAUAAUCCCCAACUACUGGUCGUGCUAACUGGGGCUGAUGGGGGUUGAGGCUCCAACAGCAUCUGGACGGCCGCAGGUUCCCUUCUCUACCUUGGGUACCCCAGGGCCAUGUUGGUCCCGUUAUCUCCACCGCCCCAUCACUGCAGCUAAGAGUGUAGCAUGCCAGCAUUGGCCAGUUCCCGUCUGCCCCUUUGGUAACCUGGUUUCUACAAAUUGCUUGCUGACAGCUGCCACCCUUUGCCCUUUCACGGGAGGCCCAAGAGAAUUUUUGGGAAAGAAAGGAGGGUAGCUUCUCUCUCUUUCCGCUGGGCUUUUGCAGAAGGUGGAUGCAGCAAGGCUCUGCUUGCAGCUUCUGUGAAAUCCUGACGCUAAACACCUCUUCAUUUCCCAAGGUCUCUGUGUGCCACAGGACUCAAGGACGGGAGGUGCUGAUGGCAACCACAAAUAAGCCAAGCCAAAAAUUUGUGGGGAUAGAAGGGGGGAGGAAAAUAGUGAAUAGAGAUCCCAAAGCUUAGUCUGUUUCCAAAGCAGAACUGAGAUGUCAAGUUUAACAGUGGAUUUCCUAGGACUGGUACAUCAGUUGAUUUCUCUACAUAGUUAGUGGCUUAGUAAGAGGACACUAUCAAAAAGCACUGCAUCAGUGGGGAACUCUUUUGAAAUGAACCAGCAGUGCUCUUGCACAGCUCCCAUUCAUUUCAUUAGAGCUUGUGCCUCAUCAAUAGUUUUCAACCUUUGGUGCCGAAAUAUUUGGAUGGACAUGAGUAGCAGACUUGAAGAGUGGCAAAGAGCACUCACUCCAUCCCUGUUGACUUCUGAACCACUUUUGCCUCUGAUUAAAUCUGGCUGCUCUGGUAGCUAGAGCCUAUCAGAGAACCCGUUGCCUGGGAACAUGCCACAAAAAGGUGGCCUUAGGUGUGAAUUCUUGCCUGACCUUUUACCUGCUCUCCGCCCCGCCCCCCCCGCAUUUGCCUCCUUGUCGACUGUCUCUUAUCAGGUGUAUGCUGUGACCCUCAUGUGGUGGGUGCCACUGUUGAAGGGCAGCUAGGAAUGCUCCCAAAUCCUGUAUAUCUUGGAUUUACCUGCCUUCCCCCAUUAAAGCAGAAUAUCUGAGUUUGGGUUGUAUUCCCAGUAUCAAACUUCUGGGCAUCUAGUAUACAUAAUUCCACUAUUUCAAAAAAUACAAGUGUUUUCUUACUUAGCUCCUGAAACAGUGGACAGGUAUUUUCCUUGCCUAGUUAGUAUUUCCCACUCACCAUUCCAUCCACCCUACUUUGCUCAUUCCAGUUAGGAUUUGGAGACAGGAUCCAUAGUUUCUUGGCAGUGGUCAUUCUCCUGGGAUUUCCCCCACACUUGUUGGCUGUAGUGCAGCCACAGCAUUAAGCUGAGCUAGAGAAGGUCACUGCAGUAUUUCUCUGCUGCAAGUUGUCAGGAUGUCAACCCACCUUGCUUUGAAACUUGUGGAAGUUUGAAAUGUUUUUUGAAAUGUUUUUUGUGCACAAACUGAUGUCAAGGGAGGGCAGGGGCAAUGUUUAAUUUCUAAAAGGAAAAGUAGAGAGCCGUGGAAGGAUGCCCUGUUCCUUAACGCCGUGUGUGUUGUGGACAGGCCUGUAAAACAGUUCAUUAUUAUGAUUGCUUCCUUGAAGACUCUUAGGCAGGUCUUCCAUGGGCUCGGCAGUGAGGAUAUCCUUUGAAAAAUGACCAGGUUCUGUAGUGAAGUGGUCUGCGACCAGUGCCGAAGUUACUUAUAAGCUAAACAAGCUAUAGCUUAGGGCCCCACUCUCUUGGGGGACCCCAAAAUAUUUAAAGGGGGGAAAACACCCUGGAUGUUCAUUUCCAAAAUAUAAGAUAAAAAACAAAUAAAAUAAAACCUACAUACAGCAAUGCACAACGCAGCAACAUACAGAGGGACGUGGGUGGUGCUGUGGGUUAAACCACAGAGCCUAGAACUUGCCGAUCAGAAGGUCAGCAGUUCGAAUCCCCACGACGGGGUGAGCUCCCAUUGCUCGGUCCCUGCUCCUGCCAACCUAGCAGUUCGAAAGCACGUCAAAGUGCAAGUAGAUAAAUAGGUACCCUUCCGGCGGGAAGGUAAACGGCGUUUCCGUGUGCUGCUCUGGUUUGCCAGAAGUGGCUUAGUCAUGCUGGCCACAUGACCCGGAAGCUGUACGCCGGCUCCCUCAGCCAAUAAAGCGAGAUGAGUGCCGCAACCCCAGAGUCAGUCACGACUGGACCUAAUGGUCAGGGGUCCCUUUACCUUUACUUUAUAUACAGCAACAGUGUUUUGUGUUGUGUAGGCUCCUAUGAUGUAAGUAAUGGGCCCCGCCUGUUAGCCUGCUCUCUAAAAUAUCACUGGUUUGCUCAUUUCUAUAUAUAGGGUUCCUACAUUCUGCAUGGACUAGUUGCGUGGCAACAUGUGCAAAUGACUUUAGAUACCUAUUAGGUCCAUAAAUUGCCAUAUAGCAUAUAUUCAACACAAAAAUACAGCGACAAUUUGUUGUUGACAAAGGACCGCUGAACAUGUAAAGGGCCCCAUUACCUUCAGUAGCUUAGGGCCUCAUCAAACCUAAAUCUGGCCCUGGCUGCGAUGUCGUUUCUUAAAAGGAUUCAGUGCAAUAGUAAUGGUUUCUCACUUUCUCCUAAGACUGGGGAAUGGGGACCUGUGGCUCGCCAGAUGUUAUCCCCAGCAGUUGACUGGUGGGAAUUGUGAUCCAAAACUUGAGGGCCAUUGGUUCCACAUCCCUGCCAUGCAACCGACUUAAAAUGUGUUCAGGGCUCUAACAGGUCGCACCUAUUCCCAGCCUCAAAAAUCUUGCAAGCUCAAGCUCAUGCUGAGCAGGAAGUGCAUGGAGCCAACGUGUGCAACCCCUUUUCUAAUUGGCUCCUUGGGGGAUCACAGCUGACUUGCACACCUGGGUGGCUCCUCAUGACACAGUGAAUGGGCUUUGUGAAGCGGUUGCGUUGGUACCAGAUGGUGGUGACCUGAUCCCUCAGUUCAAAUGACAACUUGUUGAGUUUCCACAAUGGGGUUGCUUCCUUAGUUGCAGUGUUAAAUCACGGGUGUGGUUUCUGCAGUCAAAUCAUGUAUCUAAAAUAUAACACGAGGCUGUGUGUGUGUUGUGUGUUAUGUUACUCUGUUGCUAUAGUUCAUUGUACGUGUUACUUAGCAAUACAAUGUGUCUGCCUAAUGGGAAAAACAAAACACACACACAGAGAGACACACGACAUUAUUGGUGGCCGCUCGCCCAUGUUCAGGUCUCUCUCUUUUUAUAACAUUUUAUUAAUUUUUCAAAAAUAAAACAGGGUCAAACCAAAACAAAAUAACUUCCCCCUCGUCCCUUCCUUGGUUCCAUUGUUUAUCAAUGUACUGCAUGUCCACUGUAAAGUUACAAACCAUUUUAUUACUUAUUAUCCAUUCAAAGUUAAAUUACAAGUAGUAUUAAAACCCUGCCAAUGUAUUAACCUGAGUACAUUGCUUUUGAAUAUAUGCAAUAAACUCCUUCCAAUCUUCCUUAAAUUUGUUAUUGUCUCUUCCUCUUAGUUUCAUUGUCAAUUUUGCCAUUUCAGCAUAUUCCAUUAAUUUAACUUGCCAGUCUUUAGCUGAGACACAUUUCCAAUGCUGUGCUAAUAAUAUUUGUACGGCCUCAGGUCUCUCUCUCAAGCAGAUGCACUUAUAGGCAGCUCCGAUGCUCCCAACAUUCGGUCCAAACACUCAGGGAAGAAUGUGGUAUACAGGGGAACAGGAAGCUGCCUCAUACUUUGUCAGACCAUCAGCAGCGCUGACGGACUGUAGUUCUCCAGUGUUUUGGACAGGGCUCUCACCCAGCUAUAUGCUGGGAGGUGCCAGGAAUUGAACCCGGCACCUUCUGCAUGCUGUGCUUUGGUCCCUCUCUAUAGUCAGGCUGUAUCAUUUUCAAAAUACAUAUGGGUGGUUGUUUGGAAGUGUUUCCAUAUCAAGAGUCUCUUGCAGGUAGAAGCCUAACUUGUGAAGGAGACAAACAAUUCUAGAAGCAUCCUUCUUGGCGUACUAGACUUCUACAUGCAAGGAUACUUUGUUGGGGGCCCUUCAAAGGAACGCCUUCCCAUUCUAGUAGUGCUGCAAUCUCAUGAGGGCUAUACCAUACACCUCCCUGCAUGACCAGGUGACACAGGAGUGGCUAGGAAAGCUGGUUUGGAAGUGGUGGCAGGCAGCAAAGUUAAUUAUUGGAUGGAAGCCUGUGAAAUCUGUCCUGUUCCUUGCUGUUGUCCUCUUCAAGAUGUGCUUCCUUUAAGAAAAGCAGCAGCUUUUCCUCUCUGUCACUGAGUGUGCAGUGUUCAGGCUUUGGGGAAGUGUUCGGGUGUGUGCUUGGGAUCCCAUGUGACGCCACAAGUCUGCCCCGCUAGGCCCAACCACCACCCUGAAUUGAACAUACCUAGUUCCUCACUGCCAUCUCCAGCCACCAUGUUCCCCUUGGAAAAUCCCUCUAAGGAGUGGGAUAGGCUGAGAAAUGGGGAUUGGCUCCGGGUCACCCAGUGAGUGUCUGAGCAGACAUUUGAUCCACGGGGCAAGCAGAAUCUAAGGGUGCGCCUUCUAGAACCUCUCCCCAAACCUUCUUGUUCUUUGCAAAGCGGUCUCUGACAGACAAGCUUAUGUAGAAAGCAUUCCUUGAGAGUAGAACGUAGAAUGGCAGACAAAAUUAAUGGACUACGCAGAACUAGAUAAAAUGACAGGAAGGAUUUGAAACCUGUGGGACCAGAGAUUGGCAGAAGAUUGGAAAAAAUAUAUGAACUAUUUGAAGAGCAACUGUAAUCAACAAAUUACGUUAGAAGGACUACAAGAAGUUUUGUAAGGAAAAAUAUACGAAAUAUUGCAUAAUAGAGAAAGAAGAGAGAUUAGUUAUGAGAUUUAAAGGUAAUAGUGAAAGUAAGAAAUGUAUAUUAAGUGAUUAGAUGGGAAAAUUUUCAGAUGUGAUUGAUGGAAGUCCAAAAAUAUUGUAUAAGAUGUAAAAGUAUGUUUAAUAAUUUGAAAAUGAUAUGUUAAAAAAAUAUAAAUAUAAAUAAAAAAGAGAGUAGAACGUUUGGAAACCACCGUGUGCUGAAUUGCUUUGUCAGUUUGCUUCUCCCUAAAGCUGAAUGUCUUCUGUUGCCCAAGUUCCUUUGGAGGUCAGGGCUUGUUGAAUGAAGAGCAACCAAUACCCUCGAUUGGCUGCUGCUUGAGAUAAUGGGUAGCAAAUCCAAUACACGCCGACUGGUGAAAUGAUCUGAAGUAGGGGGUGAUGCUGAUACCUAGCCUACCCUCCUCGGAGGUAUCUGAGUUCAUUGCUCUCUUGCAAUGGAUACUACUGGCAGCUAACUGCAGCUGGGACGAAAUUCAUCCCCUUGCAAUGAUAGCCUGCCUGUGAGACUGAUGAGGGGAGGCAUUUGUGUGACUGGAGCUGCUUAACUGCUGCAGGGAUGGGAAAUCUGUGCCUUCAAAAUGCUGUUGUAUCUCGGCUUCCCUCGGCCCCCACUCUUUGGCCCUGCUGGCUGGGGCUGAUGGGAGAUAAAGUCCAGCAACCUCUGUUGGGCCACAGGUCCCCCUUCUCUGUUCCAGUGCGCAAGGUGGUAAAACCCAAAUGUUCCUCCCCGUGUUAGCACAGGGGCCCUGUGCACUGGGAAGAAACCCACUCAGUUCCCACUGAAAUGAAUGAGAACUAAAAGGUACAGAAGUGUCUUAAAGGCCACCUGAAAUCUGCCACUUGCUACUCUGCCUCACAAGAGGCCAGGCUAGACCUGGUUUUCAGAAGGGUUUGGUCAGAUGACUCCUCUUAAUGUUGUAUCCCCCUUUUCUUAUCUUUUUUCACCUGCUACAGUUCUGGGAAGUCAUCAGUGAUGAGCACGGGAUAGAUCCCACCGGCACCUACCACGGAGACAGCGACUUGCAGUUGGAGAGGAUCAAUGUCUACUACAAUGAGGCCUCAGGUUUGUUCCUGCAGCACUGCUGUUCCAUUUCACAGUUCAGAAUUCUUUCCUUGUCUCUUUCCACGCUCCUCCGUGCUGCCCAAGCUCCUCUGUAUGAUCAGCUACUUUCUCUGCACUCCCUCUUGCCUUUCACAGAUCAGGGAUGGGGAAAUUGUGACCUUCCAGAUGUUGCUGCAUUCCAGGUCUUCUUGGCCCCAGACAGCACAGCCCAGGGUGGGAGUUGUAAUCACACAACUGCAGGAGAGUCACAGGUUCCCCAUUCUGUCAUAUAAAGUGACAGUCCUGACUUUCCCAAUUCCUGGCUAACAUUUGCUAUUUUAAGAGCAGAAGUACAGUGUUCAGAGUGGCAUCUCUGUGGUGCUGUACCCUACUUUGAUGAGCCCUAUAUAUGGUUGUGUUCAAUUUGUGACUAGGCUAUAGUCGACAGUUCGAAUCCACGCAACAGGGUGAGCUUCCGUUGCUCUGUCCCAGCUCCUGCCAACCUAGCAGUUCGAAAACAUGCCAGUGCAAGUAGAAAAAUAGGUACCACUGCGGUGGGAACGUAAAUGGCAUUUCCAUGUGCCCUGGCUUCCAUCACGGUGUCCUGUUGCGCCAGAAGCGGUUUAGUCAUGCUGGCCACAUGACCCGGAAAGUUGUCUGUGGACAAACGUUGGCUCCCUCGACCUGAGAAGCGAGAUGAGCACCACAACCCCAUAGUCAAGCUUGACUGGACUUAACCGUCCAGGGGUCCUCUACCUUUUUGCCUUUACUAAAAUUCAGUUGAUGCAGCUCUCUCUCAGAUCUGUUGUCUCUUCUAAUUAAGCCUUGGUCUGCUGUUUUCUCUCCCCCAGCCCCCAUAUGAAAGCACUUUGCUAUAUUCUAUAAGAUGACCUCCAGCUAAUCCUUUUCUGUUGACGUAGUGGCGCCUGAUCUCUCUAUCCCUAUGUAUCCCAAGUGUGGAUCAUAAUAGACUUGAGGGUGGGGACUGAGAUGGAAGGUGCCUAGACUGAACUAAAUCAGUAAGUCUGGUGUCACCAGCAAAUGGGAUCUGCUGGCUCGCAGAACAGUCUCCUGGCUUUCUUCAUGGGAUCAGUCCCUGGCAUGGGACUGUGAUGAGGAAUGAGUGUGGGAAUAACAGCCUAUGGCAGCUGUCGCCAACUGUUUCUGGAAUUGCUGCAAAAUCUCUGUAGAAGGGGCCUAGCGGUUUUUGUGGGAUGGUGGUGGUGGCAACCCUCCCUGCAGAAGUGUCUCAAAAGUAUUUCUUCUCUUUGUUGGAGAACCCAGAGGAUGGUUAAGACCUAGAGGCAGGUCUGCUACUGAAGUGAAGCUACCUAGGCCCUGUAAGCUGCCCAAGGAGCUGUCACUGUGAGCUCUUGGAGUAGACACCGGGAGCCUUGUUAGGUACCACAUACCAUGGGGAGGUAUUGCUGGACUUCGACCCCUACCAGUCCCAGCCAGCCCACUAGUGUGCUCCCAUCUUUUGAACUGGGUGAUUUGCUCAACAUGAGCUGGUCAGAUUAAAUGCUAGUAUAUCUGUUGGGAGGGCGGAUUCUUAAACACUUCUAAAAGCCUUUUUCCUUCUCUCCAUUCAGGUGGCAAGUAUGUGCCCAGAGCUGUCUUGGUCGACCUGGAACCUGGCACCAUGGACUCGGUCAGGUCCGGCCCUUUUGGGCAGAUAUUCAGGCCUGAUAACUUUGUCUUUGGUAAGGAACUAUUGCGGAGGAGCAUCGCUGAGCUGCAGUUGCAAAUGUUGCCCAGCCAAGCUAAAGGAUGUUGGGGGUGGGGGGGGGGGAGAGAGAGAGAGAGAGAGCUGUAAUUGAUCACAGGAGCUCAAACCUGAGGCACUUGAACUGUGAUCUGCUGCCCACAUAGGCAAACGGGGCUGUAGCUCCAUGGCAGAGUGUCUGCUUGGCAUUUAGAAAGUCCCUGGCAUUUCCAGGUAGGCUUAGAGACUUCUGCCUGAAAUCCUGAAGACAAUUCAGACCUAGAAGGUCCAGUGUUGUGGCAGCUUCGUGUCUUCCAAGGGACAUGGUGGGAGUGGAGAAACACUUGUUGGUAGCUGGGUGAUGAAGCAGAAAAUAGUGUUGGGCUUGGGCGAUCCAGGUUCAAAUCUCUGUUCAGCCAUGACAUAUUUUUUUUCAAGUCCUCAACAUGGUAUUUUAUUUUGUUCACGUACACUAUGCCAUAAACUCAUAUGGAAUUGGUUCCAGCAGCUCUGGCUCCUUGACAUUGUUUCUCACAAAGCGGGCUUCUCUUGGAGGAGCAGGCUGGCGUUUUAGUCCAAACCAAAUUCCCUUUUCCUUUCCUUCUUUUUUUCUUUCUUUCCUUUUCUUUCACAUGCUGCAAGAAGCUGUCUCUGCUCUUUGAGUGCUUAAUAUGCUCAAUUCGCACAUUAAUUCUCUUGGCCAGAAUCUUGCCCUUAACUUUCUUGUUCACAAUAAUGCCCACAGCAUGCUGGGUAAUGUCAUAUACCCUUCCUGUCUUGCCACGGUAACAUUUGUGGGGCAUGUCUUUCUGAAUUGUGCCCGUGCCCUUUAUGUCAACAAUAUCACCCUUCUUAUAGAUGCGCAUGUAGGUAGCGAGAGAGACCACACCAUGUUUGCGAAAGGGUCUUGAGAACAUGUAACGUGUCCGCCUCUUCUCCUUGGUGUUGGUCAUCUUGACGGUUUACUGUAAGAUGGCGUCCGAGGCCAAAAGGCCCAAGGGGACCAUCUUGAGAUCCAUCGUGUGACCUCCCUUCUAGGAGGGUGGUGUGGGUAUACAGUGGUGCCUCGCAAGACGAAAUUAAUUCGUUCCGCGAGUUUUGUUGUCUUGCGAUUUUUUUCGUCUUGCGAAGCACGGUGUCGGGAAAGUUUUGGAAAAGCUUCAAAAAUCACCAAAGUCUUUAAAAACCUCAAUAAAGGCUACCACACCGCGUUCUAUGAGUUGCUCGUCGAAGUCAAGUCGCAACUGUAUUAACGGUGUUAAGAAAAAGGAAACAAACUUGCAAGACGUUUCCGUCUUGCAAAGCAAGCCCAUAGGGAAAUUCGUCUUGCGAAGCAGCUCAAAAAACAAAAAACCCUUUCGUCUAGCGAGUUUUUCGUCUUGCGAGGUACCACUGUACACAUGAAUUAGUUUCAUGUCACGAUACCUGGCACCAAAUGAAAAAGCCCAAAGUGGCACCAAUUCAACCUUUGGGGGGAACUGCUCAUGCCCAGGGUGCCUUCUGCUAGCAGGAAUAACCUUGUUUGCUAUGUCCCAAGUUAAAAACGGCAGUUGCUUGAUGUAGCAUGCAUUAUGCAAAAGCAAUUCUUAAUUAAAUUGCCCCCAUUGUGUGUGUGUGUGUGUGUGUGUGUGUGUGUGAGUGAGUGAGAGAGAGAGAGAGAGGGGGAGGCCAAGAGAGAGGCCUGGAGGAAAGAGCCAGAAUGAGCUAGCAACCGCUUUUGGCUAUCUCUGUACUACUUUUUCUUCCACAAGCACAGGCAUGUAUGUUCUGAGUGUGCUGACGGAAGCUGCUCCCUCCUUACUUGACACAUGCAAAACCUGGAAGUUUGACCUGGUUUACAUUGUGGGGAGGAGGAGGAAUGUUCCAGAAUGGAGAGCUUGCAGCUUGGGGAAGGGUUGGGUUGGGAAACUGGGGAAUAGCAACAGCGUUCUAUGAUGCAGAAAGUCAGCUUUUAUUACACCUACCAGCUCCUGUGAUGUACAGAUGGUCAGAUAUAAUGUAAAUCAGUGGGGUAAGGGAGGUUGAAAUAGCAACAUUUGGGCAUGAGGAUUAUUCGAGGGAAAGGUUCUUUGCAGUUAAAAAAGAUUCUUGUGGAGAAUAAGGAGAUCAAUGUUUUGUGCACGAACUCUUAUUUGGCUUAGGUCCUAGUUCUGUAAAUGUAAUUCUAAAGCAGCAGGUUUUUGUUUUUUUUAAGGUUCUUACGUUUUGCAAGAGAUAAUUAUUCUUAGCAAAAGCAAAUGAUAGGAAGCCACGAAGGAGCAGUUAGUCAUGCAGGGCACGAAAACACCACACCCUAAGUACAGGAAUGUUUUACGUAAGCUCCCUGCAGUUCUCCAAAACAUAAGGGCUAGGAACCCACUACUUAAAUUAUGGUGGAGAUUUCUCAUCAAAACUAGAUCUGUAUGCACAAACUGUUACGUAAUGUACUUACACAACAGUUAUUAGUGGUCCCUGGGAGCUUGGAAAGGAUGGCUUUGACACUUUAGACUGCAAUCCUAACUCCACUUACCUGGGAGUAAGCUGCAUUGAAUUCAGUAGGACUAUAUCUUAGUAGACAUGGUAAGGAUUGCAACUGUUAAGUUACCUGAAUACUACCUUACAUUGAGGCUUCAGGUAUGUCACCCAAAGGUGACAGGAGUGGUCUGUAAUCUUUGGGCCAAGCUGAAAUAAUGGGAAUGAGAGGUGAGUUCUGAAGUGUUUUUGUUCCCCAUGAAUGUGGGCACCUCUUUGGGUCAUUAUUCAGGGGGCAAUGUAAAACAAAGAGUCAAAUGAAUACAGGUAGGUAGCCAUGUUGGUCUGAUGAAGUUGAAAUAAAUAAAUAAAUGAAUGAAUGAAUGUCCAGUAGCACCUCAGAGACCAACUAAGUUUGCUCUGUGUAUAAGCUUUCGUGUGCAUGCACACUUCUUCAGAUACCCUGAAACAGAAGUCACCAGACCCUUAUAUAUAGUGGGAAGGUGGGGUGGGAUAUUUCUAAGAAGGAUAGUAGGAGAUGGGUGAUUGGCUCAAUGGGUAUGGUAAACCUGUUGACGACUGAUAACGACUGCAGUUAGUCCUACAGGAAAAAGCAAGGGAUAGUAUGCAGAUGACUGAAAUAGCUUUAGCAUGUGUAAUGAGACAUGAAUCCAAUAUCUCUAUCCAGACCAGAUCUCUCCAUAGUUUUCAGUUUAGUAAUAAGAGUCGAAUGGUUUGCCUUCUUAAAAGAGACCAUAUUGUUCAGAAGAGGCCAGUAACGAGGUGAUGACCUUUAACCCCCCACUCCCGACUUUCUCCUUGCUGCUCAGGUCAAAGUGGUGCUGGGAAUAACUGGGCCAAAGGCCACUACACGGAAGGAGCUGAGCUGGUGGACUCUGUCCUAGAUGUGGUCAGGAAGGAAGCCGAGAGCUGUGACUGUCUCCAGGGGUUCCAGCUCACCCACUCACUAGGCGGGGGCACCGGAUCAGGGAUGGGGACCCUCCUGAUCAGCAAGAUCCGCGAGGAAUACCCCGACCGUAUCAUGAACACCUUCAGCGUGGUGCCAUCACCCAAGGUUUCGGACACAGUGGUGGAGCCUUACAACGCCACUCUCUCAGUCCACCAGUUGGUGGAGAACACAGACGAGACCUACUGCAUUGACAAUGAGGCUCUGUAUGACAUCUGCUUCCGUACCCUAAAGCUCACCACUCCCACUUACGGAGACCUCAACCACUUGGUGUCCGCCACCAUGAGCGGCGUCACCACCUGCCUCCGUUUCCCCGGCCAGCUCAACGCUGACCUCCGCAAGUUGGCCGUCAACAUGGUGCCCUUCCCUCGCCUCCAUUUCUUCAUGCCCGGUUUCGCCCCCCUGACCAGCCGCGGCAGCCAGCAGUACCGGGCCUUGACCGUGCCCGAGCUCACGCAGCAGAUGUUUGACGCAAAGAACAUGAUGGCAGCUUGCGACCCACGCCACGGGCGCUACCUAACGGUCGCGGCCGUCUUCCGUGGCAGGAUGUCCAUGAAGGAGGUGGACGAGCAGAUGCUGAACGUCCAGAAUAAGAACAGCAGCUAUUUUGUGGAAUGGAUCCCCAACAACGUCAAGACGGCGGUUUGCGACAUCCCGCCCCGCGGCCUCAAGAUGGCCGCCACCUUCAUCGGCAACAGCACGGCCAUCCAAGAGCUCUUCAAGCGCAUCUCUGAGCAGUUCACAGCCAUGUUCCGCCGCAAGGCUUUCCUCCACUGGUACACAGGCGAGGGCAUGGAUGAGAUGGAGUUCACAGAGGCCGAGAGCAACAUGAACGACCUGGUCUCCGAGUACCAGCAGUACCAAGAUGCUACUGCUGAAGAAGGGGAGUUUGAAGAGGAGGCAGAAGAAGAAGUAGCAUGAAGAGUUCCUCCUUCUCCUUCCCCCAUGACUCCUCCUUCUUCCCACCAGUCUUCUGAACCAAUGGACCAUACUGCUUGCGCUGGCAUAGACUUGAGCGUUCUAGGCCAGGGCUGGGGAGCCAACGGCCUUCCAGCUGCUGUUGGACUUCACCUCCCAUCUUUCCUGACCAUUGGCCAUGCCGGCUAGGGUCGAUGGGAGUUGCGAGUCCAGCAAUGUCUGGCGGGCCGCCGUUUCCCCAUCCCUGCUCCAGCCCAACCUAAAGCAAUUAAAAGAGUUGUGAAUUUAAGUCCUUCCCGCCUACCCAUUGCAAAUGUUUAAAAGGGAGUGAUGGCUGCAGAAUUGGUGACGGGGUAGAGGCUUCAGAGUCGUGUUCGGGAAUGGCAGUAAGUGGGUAAUAUGUCUAGCUAUAAAGCACUAUAUUUUCUCAGCUGACUCCCACAUCCCUUCUUUCCUCUCUGCCCACCCUCCAAGGCACCUUUCCUGCUGCAAUGUCUGUCCUUAGUGUUCUGUGAUCAUGUGAGUUUUUUUGUUUUCAGAGAUGAGUAUGCACUAACUCGUAACUCGCAUUGUUUUUUUUCCAUCCAUGCUGGGCUUAAAGAAAAGAUGAAUGGAACUCAGGGGGGGUUGGUUUGAGGGGGUGGGGCUCUGUCCUUUAGGGUGAAAUGUAGUCCCCCUUUUGAGUGUUUGCUGUCAAAGCAGUUAUGUCUCCAUAAUAAACUACUGAAUAACAAUAACGGGCUAAUGUGAAUAAUUGAACAGGUACUGUUGGGGGGCUUCCCCACUCCUAGGACCAUCCAGUCAGCCACCAGCAAUGCAGAGUCAUGUGCAAGAAAAGAGAAAUGGGAGAGGUUGGUGCAGUUCCAACUAUGAUGCCCGAUUGGUUUCAGCCUUGUGGCUUGGAAGCGGCCUUCAUUUGUGUUCUUGCAAAAACCUGGAACACUUAGGAUGCCAAAAUCCCGGAAGGUCAUAGAACUGAAGUUGGAAGAGACCCUAAGGAUCACCUAGUCAAGCAUUAAGUGUCUCCCCCCACCACACACAAGCACCUCUUUCCCAGCUCAGGAGCGCCUGAUCCCCAUAUAAACUGACUUGGACUCUCCAUUCAUCAUCUGAGACCCUUCUUCAUGUGCCGCCUCCACGAGAGGUUUGGAGAGUAGCAGCAUGAUGUAGGGCCUUUUCUGCAGCGGCUCCCUGUUUGUGGAAUGCUCUCCCCAGGGAGGUUUGUCUGCUGCCUUCAUUGUGUACACCUUUAGGCGCCAGGCAAAAAAUGUUCCUCUUCAACCAGGCUAAUUUAUAUUCUACGGCAGGCAUAGGCAAACACGGCCCUCCAGAUGUUUUUGGAACUACAACUCCCAUCAUCCCUAGCUAACAGGACCAGUGGUUAGGGAUGAUGGGACUUGUAGUCCCAAAACAUCUGGAGGGCCGAAUUUGCCUAUGCCUGUUCUUACGGCCUUUUAAAUGUGUUUCUGGGAGUAGAGGGCAUUGUUUUGUUUUGGGCUUUGUUUUAACUGUUUGCUUUGUCCUUUUACCCUGUAUUUGUUUUCUUGUGAACCUCCCCAAGACCUUCAAAUGAAAGGCGGUGUAUAAAUUU